AUGGGCCCUCAAAAUCCUGGUAAAAAGAUGAAGUGGGACAAUGCCUUCCUUGAAGAGAGUGGUAACGAAGUUGCACCUUCUAAAGAGAAUAACACCACACAAAAGGGGAAAAGCAGUUUUCAGAACGUAAACGAAGAUUUGGUAUCCACCCAAAUUCAGCACGACCCCAAUGGUACCACCCAAAUUCAGCACGACCCCAAUGGCACCACCCAUCUGAUUGAUUCAGUUAGCCCUUCCUCACUAUGGUCAGGAGAUCUUUACAAUGGUGAAGAUCUCAACUUGUUGGCAACCGAUUUGAACAAUCUUGUCAAUGACCUUAUGUUCAACACAAAAAUGGCCCCAGUGGCAGGUAAUGUUCAAGAGUUUGCUGAUCCUGAGGCAGAAGUAACGUCUUGUUUGUACGAUUUGCCUGAAAUUGUUCCUGAGGGCUAUAUGAUUGGAAAAACAGAUGACGAAAGGCGAUACAUGAGGCAGUUUUGUGAGCGAUUCACCCUUCAAAAAUUGCCCUUUGGUGUUGAUAAUCGUAACCCUGGUUCUUACAGAAACGCCAUUAGAGAAGUUGUUAUGCAGCAUGCAGUGAAAGAGCCAUUUUUGCUUGCAGCGGUACUAUCACAGGGAGCGUAUUCAGCUUCGGAAUUUCCGAUCAAUGAAAAACAGCGCCAGCAUGAUUUGGAAAAUUGUGGGAAAUAUUUGACAAACUGCUUACAAUUGUUGGUGCCUGCAUUAAGUCAGACUCAUAAAAAACAAGUGAAGGGAGAUUUAACAUCCAAUAUUGAAAAUAUAUUACUCACGGUUCUAUCAAUCGCGAUGUCUAAUGCGUGUAAUGAGAAGCAAGGUUGGCGACCACACUUGGAAGGGGCAAAAGAAAUCAUCAUGAAGGCUACCAAUAGCAAAAUACGACUGUCCCCCACAUUAAUUGUAUGUAAAUUAUGGUUUGCGGAUUUUGAGAUCUUAGCAGGAUUGAGCUCCGAAUUAGGUGGUACUCUUCGAACAAAAGAGCAAAUGGACUUGGUGUUCAACUUUGAUCCUUACGAGCAACUGGUUUUAAAGGAUUAUGGGUUGAUACAAGACAAUGGCUUCUGUGUCGUUACAGGAUAUCAUAUCGGAUGUCUCGAAUAUUUAAGAGAACUUUGUGAUUUACUACGACGAAAAAAACGCAACUCUAAUGAGCAGUCCGAUCCGUUCGAGUACAUGCAUUUGAUCAGCGGUUUGUACACCCAGUAUCAGAUUCGGUUUGCUCGUGUGGAAACAACACCCGAUGGCCCGGUGUUGCGGGGCCCCUUGUGCGAUAAAGUACUAAAGUCAGAUGGCAAGUUUGAAACUGUAUCUUGGAUGGAUCUUUCACAGCAGGCGUUUACGUUAGCUGGGUUGAUUACUGUCUUCACGCGAUUGUUAAACAAUCCUUACGACGCAACACACUUGAAGGGGCUAGUCACAAAAGUGGUUGAUUUGAUCAAAGUGUUUCAAAAUUGUAAACCGGUCGAUAGUACACGGUUUCCGGUUGCAUUUCUGAUGAUACAAUGGCCAAUAUCAGUUGCAGGGUGGGCAUGUACUGAACCACUGCAGUAUUCUGUUAUUGAAAACUUUUUCGAAAUGUGUUCCCAAACGGGAUCAAAUAGUGCAAAUAUGGCUCUAGAACGUAUCAAAAAAGUUUGGGAGCUACGAGAUACAGGAGAGACUGUAGAUGGCGUUGAUGGAGUAAAGGUGGAUAUCAUAUCGUACUGA